UCAUCCCCUUCGAUUCUCAUCUCGCUUCCCAUUCGAGAAUUCCUCCGCUUGUCUCUUUCGCCUUCCUCUGUCUCCGCGGAAGGGGAGGCAGGGACAGGAAUGUAGCAAUUUGGGUCCCCUCUGCCAUUCUACUGGCGCCUUUUCUCGGCCUUUUCUGUGUCUGUUCGUCCAUUUAUCGGAGGCGAGGUAAUGAGUGAUGUUUGGGUCCGAGUGACAACACUACAGCUGGGCCUGCCAUCUCUCAUGGCUUGUUUGUGACAGGUUUCAUCAAGCAGCGGGGUUGAAUUCUCGGUGAUUGUGUUCGCCCACGCCUGGAAACUCAGAACCAAGGGGCUUGGGAAGUUGUUCAAUUUGGAAGGGCAGAGGAAAGGGAAGUUUAGAUGGCUACGGCCACCUCCCGAGUGCAUGGCUCGCUCUUGGAAGGAGCUGCUGCUGCGGCGAGCAGCAAGAUAGCGAUUGCCCGGUCAAUCCAUACAUCAUGUAUCGUGCCGAGCGGCAAACGGCAAGUGCAUUUAUCUGUUUCGAAAUCAGCGAAUUUGGGCAAAAUUGUAGACUUACGGUCAUUUUCUGGUAAGAAGGACGGUGAGAGAAGAGAUGGCGUGUUGAGUGUCCGAAUGGGAGCAAGUGCUUCUGCUUCUGCUCCUGCAGCUUCUACGUCCAAUCCUAAGCUCUCUGGACAAGUCAGACCUUCUCCCGCCGAGGCAGCGAGGACAAUUGUGGACAUUAGCAAUGAAGGCACGCUGUCUACUCUGACCGAAACUGAAUCAUGGCCCACCGCCACUGCCGUCCGCUUUGCUCUGGACGCUCAAGGGAACCCGGUGUUCAGAUUCUCUUCUUCAGCUCUGCAUACGCGGAACUUGGCCCUUGACAAUCGGGCUAGUCUUCAUGUGCAGCUGGAGCAACCGGGUCGUCAAAAACCGCAAUGCACACUUAGAGGACGAAUUGUGAAAGCGGAAGAACCAGAUCUUCAAGAGAAACUGGAGAUAGCUUGGGAGAGGAGGUUUGGAAUAGAACGUGCACAGGACGAUGCCUACUUUAUUAUGGUCGUGGAACAAGCCCUACAGUCUCAGGACAUGGGCGAGGAAGAAGUAUGGAUGUCUGGAGAUGACUAUUCUUCAGCCGUUGCUGAUCCCUUAAGGGAAUUCGCUGUCAAAAUUGUCGACGAUAUGAAUCAGAAGCACUGGGAAGAUGUAAGACGAUUUACGAAUGUAUACGCUGGGCUCGACGUCGAGGUCGAAGAAGUUAGCAUGACUUGGGUUGAUAGGCUGGGCUUCGACUUACGCGUCCUCACCAAAAGCAGGGAGAUGCUGGAGAUACGCAUUCCCUUUGUGAGGGAGGUAACUGAUGAAAGAGAUGCGCGGUCCUCUUUGACCAUGAUGGCACAAAUUGCGUGGGAGCGGGAAAGGAGCUACAACCCACCUGAUGUAGCAUUUGUUGGUAGUUUUAGUGUUUCAUCAGGAGGUUAAUUAUCAAUCGUAGGAUGUUAACUUUGAUCUUGAUCUCAAAAUUUUGAAUUUAUUCAUGGUCCUACCAGCAGUUCAUCAUAUCUAUAUCAUCAUGAGUAGUCAAUAAGUCCUAGAUCGGCUUACAUCGAGCUUUUGGUUAUGAAAUCAUGAAACACUUCACGACUUCGAGGUCUCUACCACCAUUUAUUUUCUGUUAAGUUUUUGAACUUGGAGUCCUCGUCAAUUUUUCAAAGCAUUUUAAACACCAAGCACAAUGUGUGAACUUAGUUCUUACGCUUGAGUAAUAACUUGUACGCUCAAUCCCAAAAGAUAGGGGAUCGCACGUUUCUU